UUGAGGAAUCUUGGAAAUUUUCCAUUUGCAUUUCAUACUCUGAGAAGAAUUUCCAGCUCAGACUUUUCCUGCUCUCCGCUCACUGCUGCUCACAGAUAUGCAAAGCAGAGACCUCCCACCCCGGCAGCAGCGCAGAUAGGAACCAGCUAGCAGUACUUCCACACUGACUCAGCUUACUGUCGGCCAGCACGCGGUACCUCGGCCCCAGGGCCUCCCUGUGUGGCAUCCUCAAGCACAGUCAUGGAGACGCCAGCUCCAGGCUCAGCCGAGAUGCCACGUCAGUUCCCCAAGCUGAACAUAUCUGAAGUGGACGAGCAAGUCCGGCUCCUGGCAGAGAAGGUGUUUGCUAAAGUGCUGCGAGAAGAGGACAGCAAAGAUGCCCUGUCCCUCUUCACCGUCCCUGAGGACUGCCCCAUCGGGCAGAAGGAAGCCAAGGAGAGAGAGCUGCAGAAGGAGCUGGCAGAGCAGAAGUCCAUUGAGACGGCCAAAAGAAAGAAAAGUUUCAAGAUGAUUCGGUCGCAGUCCCUGUCUCUGCAGAUGCCAGCCCAGCAAGAUUGGACAGGCCCUCCAGCAGCCAGUCCAGCUAUGUCCCCCACGACCCCUGUGGUCGUUGGACCAACUUCCCAGCCCACACCGGCACCCUAUGCUAUGCCCGAGUUCCAGCGGGUCACCAUCAGUGGAGAUUACUGUGCGGGGAUCACUGUGGAGGACUAUGAACAGGCCGCCAAGAGCCUGGCCAAGGCCCUGAUGAUCCGGGAGAAGUAUGCCCGGCUCGCCUACCACCGCUUCCCUCGGACCACAGCUCAAUACCUGGGUCAUCAACGAGCCUCUUUGGAAGAAGGCCUCCCAGACUUCCACCCUCCCCCCAAACCCCAAGAAGACCCUUACUGCCUGGAUGAUGCACCCCCCAACCUGGAUUACCUGGUCCGCAUGCAAGGGGGCAUCCUCUUCGUGUAUGACAACAAGAAGAUGCUGGAACGCCAGGAGCCCCACAGCCUGCCAUACCCUGACCUGGAGACCUACACAGUGGACAUGAGCCACAUCCUGGCGCUCAUCACCGACGGCCCCACGAAAACGUAUUGUCACCGGCGACUGAACUUUUUGGAAUCCAAGUUCAGCCUUCAUGAGAUGUUAAAUGAAAUGUCUGAAUUCAAAGAGUUGAAGAGUAACCCCCACCGAGACUUCUAUAACGUGAGAAAGGUAGACACACAUAUCCAUGCAGCCGCCUGUAUGAACCAGAAGCACCUGCUACGCUUUAUCAAACACACCUACCAGACGGAGCCUGACAGGAUCGUGGCAGAGAAGCGAGGCAGGAAGAUUACCCUGCGGCAGGUGUUUGACAGCCUGCACAUGGACCCCUACGACCUCACUGUGGAUUCACUGGACGUCCAUGCGGGUCGGCAAACAUUUCAUCGUUUUGACAAGUUCAACUCCAAGUACAACCCUGUAGGGGCCAGUGAACUCCGUGACCUGUAUCUGAAAACAGAAAACUACCUGGAAGGAGAGUACUUUGCUCGAAUGGUCAAGGAAGUGGCCCGGGAGCUGGAGGAGAGCAAGUACCAGUACUCGGAGCCUCGUCUCUCCAUCUAUGGCCGCAGUCCUGAAGAAUGGCUCAGCCUGGCCCGCUGGUUCAUUCAGCACAAGGUCUACUCUCCCAAUAUGCGCUGGAUCAUCCAGGUGCCCAGGAUCUAUGAUAUAUUUAGGUCAAAGAAGCUGCUGCCAAACUUUGGGAAGAUGCUGGAGAACAUCUUUCUGCCCCUUUUUGAGGCCACAAUCAACCCUCAAGACCACAGAGAGCUUCACCUCUUCCUCAAAUAUGUGACAGGGUUCGACAGCGUGGAUGAUGAGUCCAAGCACAGUGACCACAUGUUCUCAGACAAGAGCCCCAGCCCAGACGUCUGGACCAGUGAGCAGAACCCGCCCUACAGCUACUACCUGUACUACAUGUACGCCAACAUCAUGGUGCUCAACAACCUCCGCAGGGAACGAGGCCUGAGCACGUUCCUGUUCCGGCCUCACUGUGGAGAGGCUGGCUCCAUCACCCACCUGGUGUCUGCUUUCCUUACCGCUGACAACAUUUCCCAUGGGCUGCUCCUCAAGAAGAGUCCAGUCUUGCAGUAUCUGUACUACCUUGCUCAGAUCCCCAUUGCGAUGUCUCCACUUAGCAACAACAGUCUGUUCCUUGAAUAUUCCAAAAACCCUCUGAGGGAAUUCCUGCACAAGGGACUGCAUGUUUCUCUCUCCACUGACGACCCGAUGCAGUUCCACUACACGAAGGAAGCACUGAUGGAAGAAUAUGCAAUUGCAGCCCAGGUGUGGAAACUGAGCACGUGUGACCUGUGUGAAAUUGCCAGGAACAGCGUGCUGCAGAGUGGCCUCUCCCAUCAGGAAAAACAGAAGUUCCUGGGACAAAAUUAUUAUAAAGAAGGACCUGAAGGAAAUGACAUUCGAAAGACAAAUGUUGCUCAGAUCCGAAUGGCAUUCCGAUACGAGACCUUAUGCAAUGAGCUCAGCUUCCUGUCUGAUGCCAUGAAAUCAGAAGAGAUCACAGCGUUGACCAAAUAGGUCUAUUACUGGACAUGCAUUUUAAAUUUUUAGGUUUAAAUUCCUGUCUACUGUGACUGAAAGAUACUAAACGAGGGCUUUUCUUCCACGGAGAGGCGGCCUCUGAAGAACUUUGAGACUGGUGGUUUUUGGUUGCACUGCUCACUUUCAGAUCUCACAUGCCCACUUGUGUUAAUAUUUCAGAGUAAUAGAUGAUGCCGCCUCUUUGGAGUUCAGGGAGCUGGGCAUGUGUCUGAACUUGUUUCUACUUUUUCAAAUAUUUCUUUUGAAACCACCAGUGCUUCUAUUGCUGGGGCCAGGAGUUUCCAGUCAAAUGCCACGUGUCAAGAGGACUGGCUGGUUUGGGGCUGUACUCCUCUGUAGACCCUGCAGGCCAGCUGGUAGUUGUUCAUUUCAGCCUCUGGCUAUCUGGCUGCCUUAAAAUCCAUUUUAAAGCUCCCUUUUAUAAAGGGGCUAUUUUGGGGGAAAAAAAAAAAGAAAUUAAAACAGAAAAUGUCCUUCUUAAAAUUUUUUUUGUUUUUUUUUAAAAAAAGAAUUUCUUCAAGUGUUUGGUUUAUGCCCUAUUUCUAUUAGGAAGCCAAAUAUCUUCUCAUGGAAA